AUGGAGACUAUUGAUGCUCACCGCUACCACAAAACUGAGGUUCAAGCUCCCAAGACCACGAUACCCAAACCGAAGAAGGUUGUAUGGAAGGUACCGGACUUGGUUUGCCGGAAGUGGUUGUAUGCCCAUGAUUGGAAGAAGGUGCCGGGUAACGAAACCAAGUCGAAGAGCAUGUUUUUAGAACACCGGGUCGAGUUUGAGAAGACCGAGAAGGAUGGUCGGUCGCUUCAAGCACUAUCAGAAGUUAUCACACGAGAAGAAUGUCGAGGCGGUCCAGGUCAGCAAGAAGGCCAAAGCUGA